AUGCGGUUCCCGACGUGGUCAACAACUGCAAUUCUUGCUCUGUCCUACACUGCACAGGCGCGUCGGUACCAUGUCACUACUGGUCAAUCCGAUGAGGAUGUUGCUGCAGCUCUUAGAGCCCUCGGUCGUUCAAAUCUGCGGCAACCUGGGUCGCUGCCGUUCCCUGACCUGGAGCCCGGGACAGACACAAUGCCAGACAUCGAGCACAUUGUCUUCUUGCAACUUGAAAAUCAUUCCUUCGACAAUAUGCUUGGUAUGCUUGGGCGCGGUGAUGGCCUCAGUGUGGGAUCGAAUGGAGAAGUUCUGAACACCAAUCCUUAUCCCAAUGGAUCCCUUCAGCAUGCUUUCCCCAUGCCCAACACCUGUCAGCUGCCAGGCCGACCGAGCCAGGAGUGGCUGGCAAGCCACAAUGCUUAUGAUAAUGGUACAAACGCCGGCUUCGUCCGCACGCGCAUUAGCUCUACCAUCGAUGAGAUGGUGGGCGGUGUUGCUAUGGGCUACUAUACCUCGGACCACCUGCCAUUCACAUACAGUUUGGCCGAGCACUUCCCUAUUGGAGAUCGAUUCUUUUGCUCCCUCUUGGCACAGACAUGGCCAAAUCGACGUUUCCUUAUUGCUGGCACCCCGCGUGGGAUCGUUGAUGACAACGUGAAUUUGACUGCCGGGUACGCUCCUGCCGGUACGAUCUUCAACGAGCUGGACAAACACGGCAUCUCAUGGAACAAUUACGCCCCGGACUGCUGCUGGAGAGAUAUCAGCGGCAACACACCCGAUUUCUUUGGCAAAAACAACUACGACACUGAAACCAAGCACCACAAGGAUCUGCCCCAAUUUAUGGUUGAUGCGUUGGAAGGAAACCUGCCGGCGUUCAGCUUCAUCGAUCCCAACUACGCCAACCAGUCCCAAGAAAAUCCCCAAAAUGUUGUUAACGGAGAGGCACUUCUGGCUGACGUGGUCAAUUCUAUCGGCCAGUCCCCUCUUUGGUCCAAGACCAUGUUCAUCCUGAACUACGAUGAGCACGGUGGGUACUAUGACCAUGUGCCUCCACCCCCGGCCCUGAUUCCCGACGAGGUUCCUCCACAUGUCCAGCCAGGGGAGUAUCUAUAUGAAGGCUAUGGCCGUCUGGGCUUCCGUGUGCCCGCCAUAGUGGUCUCGCCAUACGCAAAGGCUGGCAAAUAUGUGAGCAGUGUUGUCUACGAUCAGACAUCCGUGCUUGCCACACUCCAGAGGAAGUGGAACCUCCCGGCUUUCACCUAUCGGGAUGCCAAUGCCAACGAUAUGCUUGAUUUUCUGGACCUCGAUGCCCUAAAGCGCAAGGAGCCAACUUUCCCAAAGAUGCCCGCUCUUGCUGCCCCUGGAAACACUACCGAGGCGCUCGCCUGUUCUACUACUGGAGCCGGUGUUAUCCCCCCGCCUGGUUCUGUUUCCAGAAACUGA